GUAGCCCUAGUUCUUCGACAACACUGUCUCUCUCUCUCUCGCGAGUGACGAGCGGCGAUCGGCGACAGUGGUGGCUAGAGACGAUCGGCGAUCGGUGACAGUGGCGGCGAGCAGCGAUCGAAGCAUCGAUUCGAAGCAGGCACCAUUUCAAUAUCCCAUUUGGACGCCGAAUGAUCAACUUUGAGCCAAACUUCAAACUACUAAAUGGUCUAGAAGGAGCUUUUGCAGGACUGCUGAUCUUCUUUGUUUUCCAAUUUUUUUUAUCAUUUGAUUCUCAAAUCUAGUCACAAUAACUUUCCCACUCGAGGAAUCUGAAAUUUUCCAACUAAGUAAAUGAAUAUGGCCAUCUCUUCCACGCCCACUUCAUUUUCCAAAUCCCUAAACCCCUCCAUUCCAAAAGCUAGAGUCUUCAACCUCCUUAAAACUCCUCCCAAUUCCCACCUCCGCUACACCCUCAAUCUCAAACCUCCACCUCCCCGGCUCCUCUUCCGCAUUGGCAACCCCAAAUCCAAAUCCCAAUUCAAGUCCUACCACAGUCCGAUUCGUUCCCUCUUUACUGGCAUUGUGGAAGAAAUAGGCAAGGUCAAGCAGCUGGGUUCCGACGAUGACGGCGGAUUCACCAUGACAAUCCAUGCGAAGACUGUCCUUGAAGACGUCAACCUUGGUGAUAGCAUCUCCAUCAAUGGUACCUGUCUUACAGUCACCCAUUUCGACACUCAAUUAUUUGAAUUCACUGUCGGAUUAUCGCCUGAAACACUCAGAAAAACGUCGCUGAUUGAGCUCCAAAUGGGCUCAUUGGUCAAUUUGGAGAGAGCAUUGAAACCAUCAACCCGAAUGGGAGGGCAUUUCGUUCAAGGCCAUGUUGAUGGGACAGGUGACAUUGUGUCCACCGAGCCUGAAGACGAUUCGUUGUGGGUGAAGGUGAAGACAACACCGGAGUUGUUGAAGUAUAUUGUGCCAAAAGGGUUCAUAGCUGUGGAUGGGACUAGUCUGACUGUUGUGAAGGUGUUUGAUGAAGAUGAGUGUUUUAAUUUCAUGCUAGUGGCUUACACUCAGCAGAAUGUGGUGAUUCCAUUGAAGAAAGUCGGGCAGAAGGUGAACUUGGAGGUAGACAUUCUUGGCCAGUAUGUGGAGCGGCUUCUCAAUAGUGGGGUUGUCAAUGCCAUCAAAUGAAAAGGUGCAGGUGCAGGUGCAAGUGCAAGUCAAGGCCCAAGGCAUAGUGCAAGACAACCCAAGGCAUGCCAUGAAGCAGCCCAGCCACAACAGGCCACAGACUUGCCUGCCCAACAGCAACUUUAGGCCAACUUUUGGAGGGUCAAAUGUUGUCUUUUUGUUUUGUAAUUUUUUAUGUAAAUACCUUAGUAUUAAAGGUGUUUUGGGUCCAGUAUUGUACUUUUUCUCUUUUUGUAAAUUUUUUUAAAAAUCCAUUAUGACUCCUCAAAUAUAGUGGAUGUUUCCUCUUGCCAACUAGGAAAUGGCUUGACAAGCUAUAUUAGGGAGGGAGUAUCCCAGUGUUGAACCAAACCACUUGUGCGUUUAAAGUACCCCAACCUAGCCAAUGGUAAGACACCUUUUGUAGCACUUUUGGUGCAUUGUUCAACUAUUGUAAUGCCUACUUUUGAUCAAUGAAAAGUUCAUUUCGCCUUUAAA